UGAGGCACCGCCGGGCACGGGGAGCGCGCGGGCGGCGGGUUCGCGGCCCGGGGCCGGGGCAGGAGAAACAGCACCUGAGGUCAGGCCUGCAGCCGACGACUCCACGGCCGGGCAGCUACACUGUUGCAGCGGGGCCCGGACGCGCGGCCAGGGAUACAGGACGGGACGCCGCAGGCCGGCGCGCCAGCAAACCGUGGUGGCCUCUGUGGUCCUUUGAUGGUUACCAGUGUGGCUGAGAAGAGGGCACCAGCCUCAGUUGGGGAGCGGAGGUCAUGCAGAUAAUGGAUUUGGACCCGCGUCUAUGAAGAAAUGCCACAUGGCCUGAGCACGAACAUGUCCAGGCUGCCACCUCGGUAGGACUGGAGGGCCUGACAACACCACUUUCUGGGGCAUCAGGCGUGGUCUGACCCAGGAACAGGAAGCACAUCCUCACCAAUGACAUCAUGACAGCAAGAGAGCACAGCCCUCGCCAUGGUGCCAGGGCCCGUGCCAUGCAGCGGGCUUCCACCAUUGAUGUGGCGGCCGACAUGCUGGGCCUCUCCCUCAGUGGAAAUAUACAAGAUCCAGAUGAGCCCAUUUUAGAGUUCAGCUUAGCCUGCAGUGAGCUGCAUACCCCGUCGCUAGAUAGGAAACCAAAUAGUUUUGUAGCAGUGAGCGUCACCACCCCUCCUCAGGCCUUCUGGACGAAGCAUGCGCAAACGGAGAUCAUCGAGGGAACCAACAAUCCUAUCUUCCUAAGCAGUGUUGCCUUCUUUCAGGACUCUCUUAUUAACCAGAUGACACAAAUCAAACUGUCUGUCUACGAUGUCAAAGAUAGAUCUCAGGGAACAAUGUAUUUGCUGGGCUCUAUAACAUUCGUUGUCAAAGAUCUGCUCCAGGACAAGCAUCAUAGGUUGCAUCUAACACUAAGGUCCGCGGAGAGUGACCGUGUGGGUAACAUCACUGUGAUCGGCUGGCAGAUGGAGGAGAAGUCAGACCAGCAUCCCCCAGUGACUCGGUCUCUGGACACUGUCAAUGGGAGGAUGGUGCUGCCUGUCGACGAGAGCCUGACCGAGGCCUUGGGAAUCCGAUCCAAAUAUGCUUCAUUGCGAAAAGACACUUUACUGAAAUCAGUGUUUGGCGGUGCCAUCUGUCGCAUGUACCGCUUCCCAACCACGGAUGGCAACCACCUGCGGAUCCUGGAGCAGAUGGCGGAGAGUGUGCUGUCCCUGCACGUGCCCCGGCAGUUUGUGAAGCUGCUGCUGGAGGAAGACGCAGCCAGAGUCUGUGAGCUGGAGGAGUUGGGGGAGCUGUCCCCUUGCUGGGAGAGCCUCCGGCGCCAGAUUGUUACCCAGUACCAGACCAUCAUCCUCACAUAUCAGGAGAACCUGACUGACCUCCAUCAGUACAAAGGUCCCUCAUUUAAAGCAAGCAGUUUGAAAGCAGAUAAAAAGUUAGAAUUUGUUCCCACAAACCUGCACAUUCAAAGGAUGAGAGUUCAAGAUGAUGGCGGAUCAGAUCAGAACUACGACAUCGUCACCAUUGGAGCACCAGCGGCACACUGCCAAGGGUUUAAGUCAGGAGGUCUCCGCAAAAAACUGCACAAAUUUGAAGAGACUAAGAAACACAGUUUUGAGGAGUGUUGUACAUCGUCCAGCUGCCAGUCCAUCAUCUACAUCCCACAGGACAUCGUCAGAGCCAAGGAGAUCAUCGCCCAAAUCAACACCCUGAAAACCCAAGUUAGUUACUACGCCGAGCGGCUCUCCAGGGCGGCCAAGGACAGGUCGGCUACUGGCCUUGAGAGGACUCUUGCCAUCUUGGCGGAUAAGACCCGGCAGCUGGUCACUGUCUGUGACUGCAAGCUGCUGGCCAACUCCAUCCAUGGACUGAAUGCCGCCCGGCCUGACUACAUCGCCUCCAAGGCCUCACCCACCUCGACUGAGGACGAGCAAGUGAUGCUUCGGAAUGACCAGGACACCCUCAUGGCCCGGUGGACAGGGAGGAACAGCCGGUCUUCUCUGCAGGUGGACUGGCAUGAGGAGGAGUGGGAGAAAGUGUGGCUGAACGUGGACAAGAGCCUGGAGUGCAUCAUCCAGCGGGUGGACAAGCUGCUGCAGAAGGAGCGUCUGCAUGGCGAGGGCUGUGAAGACGUCUUCCCCUGUGCGGGCAGCUGCACCAGCAAGAAAGGUAACCACGACAGCCACGCCUACUGGAUCAGACCGGAAGACCCCUUCUGCAGUGCCCCCUCCUCGCCAUGCCCUUCCUCCAUGCCCACCGCUGCAUGCCAUCCUCACCCAAGCACACAUUGCAGUCCCCCUCCUGAAGAGUCCAGCCCAGGUGAAUGGAGCGAGGCCCUCUACCCUCUGCUGACUACCCUCACCGACUGCGUGGCUAUGAUGAGCGACAAGGCCAAGAAGGCCAUGGUCUUUCUGCUCAUGCAGGACAGCGCCCCCACCAUAGCCUCCUACCUGAGCCUGCAGUACCGCCGCGACGUGGUCUUCUGCCAAACUCUGACAGCCCUCAUCUGCGGCUUCAUCAUCAAGCUGCGGAACUGCCUACAUGACGACGGCUUCCUGCGGCAGCUGUACACCAUCGGGCUGCUGGCCCAGUUCGAGAGCCUGCUGAGCACCUAUGGUGAGGAGCUGGCCAUGCUGGAGGACAUGAGCCUUGGGAUCAUGGACUUGAGGAAUGUGACGUUUAAAGUCACGCAGGCCACUUCCAGUGCAUCAGCUGACAUGCUGCCCGUCAUCACAGGAAAUCGUGAUGGGUUUAAUGUGCGGAUCCCCCUGCCAGGCCCGCUCUUCGACGCCCUGCCCCGAGAGAUCCAGAGCGGCAUGCUGCUGCGCGUGCAGCCAGUCCUCUUCAAUGUGGGCAUCAACGAGCAGCAGACCCUGGCCGAGAGGUUCGGGGAUACGUCUUUACAAGAGGUCAUCAACGUGGAGAGCUUGGUACGGCUAAACUCCUACUUCGAGCAGUUUAAGGAAGUUUUGCCUGAGGAUUGUCUACCUCGGUCCCGGAGUCAGACUUGCCUGCCAGAGCUGCUGCGGUUUCUGGGUCAGAACGUCCAUGCCCGGAAAAAUAAGAAUGUGGACAUUCUCUGGCAAGCUGCUGAGAUCUGUCGCCGCCUUAAUGGGGUCCGGUUCACCAGCUGCAAGAGUGCCAAGGACCGCACGGCCAUGUCAGUGACGCUGGAGCAGUGCCUGAUUCUGCAGCACGAACAUGGCAUGGCCCCGCAGGUCUUCACCCAGGCCCUGGAGUGCAUGCGCAGCAUUGGAACACGGGAGGUAGUCACCCAGAAGAACUUGAGCGGCCUGGUGCCCAUCCGGGACUUAAGGCUAGACCCCAGCCUCCUCUGUUCCAUUCCUUUAUUAGCUCUGAGCCCCAAUUUACUGAUUGUGUGGCUCUUUCUGAGCAUAGCAUACCUGGUGACCAAAUUGCGUUGCAAAUGAGUGUCAUUCUGAACAAUUAAUGAGUCACAAGAAAAAACAAAAGUGCCCGAAUUUGUCCAGCCACCGCAUACCUAACUGGACAGAAGGAAGGUGUCAAAGCGUGGUCUGACAAGGAAUAUCUCAUGCCUUACACUUUGAUGUUUUGUUCUUCUGAACUGUAAAUACCUGCCAAAUUAUCUCGCCAGAGGAACGUGUUCAUUUCAAUCAUGUGGCGUCUUCAGUGCUUGUAACAUGUUCUUCCGGUGCGGUGCCGUUAACACUUUAUUUAGCUGGCCUGGAACGAUUUGUACCAAAUCUCUGACCUUCUGAUGUAAAGCUGUUUAUUUCCUGUACAUCUCCUGGGCCCUGUUUCCAAGAGAAGGGAAUUCUGUCUGAAUAGAAUUUGUAUAUUUGAUACUAUCCUUUAAGUGUACUGCUCACCUUACCCUCCCCUUUUGAAGAAAAAUGAGACAGAUAGAUGCUUUAUAACUGACUCUCUAGAUCAGCCUAUUUAAUAGGACAUGUACUUUCUGCUUUCAUUUUAAAGCGUAGUCCCUGUAUGACAGUAGCAAAUAGUUUGCAGAAUCGUACCAUUUCCGUGCUUGCUCAUUUCCAGUUGGGGAUGACCCAGCUGUGAAUAGAGAAGCACCCUGUCUCAAGGUGGGCACAUGAAGAAAACAUUUUGUGUGUGAUUGCAGAUUAACUGUGAGGCUCAUUACACUGAGCCUAGGAAUGAAAGCACUCUGCAACAGGGAAUCAAGUUUCAUCCACUUACUUUUCCUGACAUAGCAUUUUUCAUUCAAAAAAAUAUGUCCAUAAUUCCAAAUUAAAGUCCAUACAUCCCUGCCUUACUAAUCACAUAUGGUUAAUAAUGAACAACAGCAGCCAAAAAAAAAAAAAGAACAGUUACCAAAAAACGAGGUUUACCUUUCAGGUACUGUGUCAUAGAAGAGAGUUACUUUAAUUCCUGCUAUUACAACUCUUCAUUUUAACAUAGUAAUGUCCUAAACAGGAUAUAACCUUAGCAUUAUUAUUAUAUUUGGGGCAGGGGCCAGGUACCGGGGAUCAAUCUCAGGACCUCGCACUUACCAGACAAGCACUUGAACUGCUAAACUAAAUCCUUGGCCCUAACCUCAGCAUUUGAGUGUGGCAGAGAGUAACUGUGUGCCCGUAAAAGUGACCAAAUAAACCAGGGGAAAUGCCGCAUACCCUGAAUAAGAAUGAGUCGUCUCUCUGCACCUCUCAGGUCAUAUUGUGUUUCUGUUUUCGAUUUCUAAUUGGUUCCUGCACUGCAGUUUAUGAAGUGGCUUUCUGUCAAUAAGACCAGAAAGAUGAGUGGAUUAGAGAAUCUGGCUUUUCCAGAAUCCCGAUACCCACAUGCACACAAGCCCACUCUCAACCCCCACAGUCUGACCUCUCCAUCCUCUCGGCAAAGAAUGACACGUGCCAAAAGGAGAGUAAAUCUAGUGUAAGGCCAUCCUUCUCAGAGCCCCGGGACCUCUCCUCCCUAGACCUCUGCAGCACUGCAGAAGCCUGGGCAGGUGUCACCACCUGUUACCCUGAGGCUGAGUGCGCUGGUCUCUUUAGAGUCAGCUUUCAGUAGCUUCUCCCUGACGACCAGCUGACUAUGCCCUGUCCAGACACAGAAGCUUGCACUCUCCCUCCCUCCGAGGUGCAUAUGUCAACUCUUGGGGACCAUGGUGGCAAUCCCUGCACACGUCCAUCUUCACAGGGGUGGCAUCCAGUCAGGGACCACACACAGAUGAGGGAGCCCAUCUCACCAGACAGCGCCCUCCCUCCCCACGGCCUCUGGGUGUCCUGUGGUGCUGGGCAUGGCCCCAUCUCAGGGCCCCACCACGCACAGAGGGAAGUUGGUACAGCCACAGAAACCCUCCUGAGGGCACCUCCAGGACACCAUGGCCCAACUGGCACCUGUCAGUGUGCUGGCAACACCUGCUUGUCCUUUGCGAUCUGUUGGGCUGAGAGAGAAGUGGAGCAGAAGGUCGGGAGGCCCUGGCCCAUCGUUUCUCUGCUCUGGGGCCCGGGCAAAGGCCAUGCACUGCUUUGUCCCUGAGGUCAGUCUGUCCAGGAGGCAGGCGGCUUUUGGUUUUCUUUUUUUAAAGAUAUCUGAGAAAAUCUCAGCAUGGAGGCCUUCAAUGCUGAGUUUUGAUAUCACCACAGGCCUUAGCUCCUGAAAGGAGGCCAGAUGCAUAUUCACAGUCCUGUCUGCUUUAUCAGGGAUGAGGCAGGCAUGUUUGCUCUGUAGCAUGCAGACAGCUGUCUCAGAGGAGCUGUGCUCGGGGGUGCUUCCUGUUGGGAGGCCUUAGAGUUCUUUUGGCCAGUGUGAUGGUCACUGUUGACCAUCCUGGUUGUUUCCAGUGAUCUUGAAACAACAGCACACUGUCCCUGUGCAGAGCAACUCCCAGUCUGCAGUAGGGUGGCCAAGCCACUUAGGCCUCCAGGUGGGCUCCAGGGUGGGUAAGCCUCACCAGAAGAGGAAAUCCGGAGGCCUCCAUGAAAUCAAGUGUCAAAUUUAGGGAUCAUAUUUGAAUUUCCAUUUCAAAAGUGAAUGUUCUCGAAAAUAAGUAAUUCUGAUGCAGUAAAAAAAAAAAACAAAAACAAAAAACAAAAAAAAAAAACAUGCAGAUCACCUCAGAGUAAUUAUCUCUCUCUAGCUGUAAAAAAAACCAUGCAGAUCACAUCUUUCUAGCUGGCCUGCACAGCAGCAGAAGCCAAGGCCCACCAUAGCAUGCUCUCACCUCUGUAGAUCAGGUUCCAAGCUGAGUGCCAGCUCAUGGAGGCCCACUUGUCACCCAGCAGCCACACAGAAGCUGUAGCCAGAUUUCAUAAAUGCCAACAUUUGGGAGAAACAGUUCAAUUUAGAAACUAAAUUGGAAGUAUAAUCUUGAUGAUAGUUUCACCUGCCAUGUAUGUAGUCAACUAAACCAGUAUCAGCUCCUUUCACAUGCAAAUACAGAUUAUUCUUCCUGGAGUUAGGCAGACUCUAGCCAUGAUAGCUGCUUUCUGAGAAGUUUGCACAUUUCAAUACAAACCAAGAAGCCAUAUCUGGAAGAGCCUGUUAAUGUAAGCACUUCCAAAGAUUGUGUAUAGGAACCUGUAUCCACUGCUUUAAAUAGUUAUAUGUUUUAUCUGAUGACUGAAUGUUUGACACAUGUGACCUUGCUCAUAUGGCCUAGAUGCUUAGCUUAGGUGACACAUGCAGCUGUGAAAGGGAGGCUCCAGGAUGAGAAAGCGUCCAAGCUACUGCAUUUGUGAAUAGCCACCAGACGGACACUUCCCUGAGGUACCUGAGCUUAGGUUUUUAAUAAAAACUGCUGUCUGAACAGGGACAUAGGUCAGUGGCACAGGCACCUGCCUGGCAAGCUUAAGGUUCUGAGUUCAGUUCCCAGUACCAAAAAAAAAAAAAAAAAGAAA